CAAGUCCGCCCGGCCCCCGUACCCCCCCGCCCUCCCGCAUCCCAUGCCGUACCGGCCCACACACAAAGUGCCCGUCGGUACCGGUUGCGGCCAGAUUUUCCGCUAACUGGCCUAGGAUUGACGUCGUCCUGAUCCUUGCGUAGCACCGUCUUUAUUAUUUCGACCCCAUACACAGUAGUCCCCUGCGCCAGCAAAAGUGCAGACAACACUACUUGGGCAGUCUUGACAUGCUGGACUGUGCUAGAGCACCGACUGGUAGACAGGGCGAGCAGUGCAACGGCUGCCAGGGCUGCGCACAGGGCGGAGGGUGGCCGUACUCGAGGUGGGAUUUGAACCAUUUUACUGGACCGCGGCCACAUACAACACGGCCGUCUGGGCUGCCCUCUUUGUCCAAGAGAUCGACCUAGCAACCGCACAGAGCCCUCUCUACCUCAUUGAACCACCUCCCAUCUCACAGGUCGUAACCCUUUGAGGUGAUGGCUAGCCCUACCACCUUCAGAGGGCGACAAAGCCCGACCUCGCAGUCGUCCUUCGAGGCCUACAGCCCGGACAAGCCCUACUUCCCGGGCCAGCCCAAGAGCCUGUCCGGCAUUGCCCUGCGCGCCUUCUGCCUGGGCGCCGCUCUCGCCCUCGCCGUCAUCACCACCGCCCUGGUCCUCGCCACCACCGCCAGCCCCCUGUGGCGCCUGCCCUUCUUCCUGGCGUCGCUGGCCGCCUUUCACUUCCUCGAGUUCUGGACCACCGCCGCCUACAACACCCGCGAGGCAGACGUGUCCUCCUUCCUGCUGACCGCAAACUGGCCCGCCUACGCCAUCGCCCACACCGCCGCCUCGCUCGAGUGCCUCGUCACCUGCGUCUUCUUCCCCUCGCGGUCCUGGGCCCCCUUCGGCACCGCGCCCCUCCUCAUGCUCCUGGGCAUCUCCCUCGUCGUCGUCGGCCAGGUCGUCCGCAGCGCGGCCAUGGUCCAGGCCGGGCCCAGCUUCAACCACAUCGUGCAGCAGACCCAGAAGCGCGAGCACAUCCUCGUCACCACCGGCAUCUACGGCACCCUGAGGCAUCCCAGCUACUUCGGCUUCUUCUGGUGGGGGCUGGGCACCCAGCUGGCCAUGGGCAACGUGCUGUGCUUCUUCGCCUACGCCGCCUUGCUGUGGCUCUUCUUCAGCAGGCGCAUCAGGCACGAGGAGGUCUUCUUGGUAAAGUUCUUUGGGGACGAGUACGUCGACUACAGGAAGAAGACGGGCACCAAGAUCCCAUUCGUGCCAUAGUACCGGUCUCUAGAUUGGAUUUUCAGACACGGUGGCGGCAGCGGCGGUUCUUUUGAGACGGAAAAUAACGUUGGUAGAGAGCUUGACUAUGGGCAACCUUGGUCCAGGAUGGACAGCGUCAUGGCUUAGAUGUUGGCGGAUGGAAAGUGGCCUGUGUCUGUCUUGCGGUGGAGUGCAAACACCGAGGUAGUUAGUUACCCACACUAGUGAACAGGUUUGGGGGAUAGAUAUUGUAAGAAGGCAUAUAACCUCAACAUGGCCUCUUGUUGGAUGCAUGAAGUAGAUGACUUGCGCCUCCCAAGGCAGGCCAGGUCGAUGCAAACAUGGAGAGUUUAGUUGCAGACAAGGUGAGCAUAUGUCAUGGUGGCCCGUCGAUUAGGGAAACCUUGUGCGAUUUUGUUCAUUGAGAUGCUGUCAUCAAAUUUGUAGUAGCCGC